AGGUCACAAGUUGUACUGGUCCUAGUCUCCACGGGGACCAGAUGCUGCCUCUGAUUGGUCAGUGGUGUGAUCAUGUGACCAGUGUUGAUGUGAGCUGGAGUGGAGCGACAGACACAGGAGUGAAAGCUCUGAGUGACUGCUGCGCAGGGUUGCGACUUAAAUCUGUUGUCCUGAACGGCUGUCAUGUCACUGAUGACCCCCUAAUAAAACUUGUCAUGAGACACAAAGAAAGUCUGUACAGAUUGGAGGUGUUUGGCUGUCAGUUCCUCACUCCAUCCUGUUUACAGACUGUAUAUGAGAUGUGUCCUGGCCUCCAGCAUCUCAACAUCGGACAGGUGCCAAAAGUCAACGCACACAGUCUCACAGUGUUGACAUCACAGCUCAAAUGUCUCAUUUCACUAAAUCUCACUGGACUACAGGCGGUUACUGAUGCCACAGUGGACAUGCUGCUUCAGAACUGUGUCAAACUUCAGAGUUUGACAUUCAGUUCCUGUCCUGGAGUCACUGACCAGACACUGCACAGCAUCAGCAAAUACACAGCUUGUAUUAGAUCCCUGGAUGUGAGCGGCUGUAAGGCAGUGACAGAUGCAGGAGUUCAGUCUCUGGCUCUGGGGUGUAGAAGACUCCAGCAGCUGGACCUCAGCUCCACUGGCACAGGAAACAGAGG